AUGCCGGAUCUGCUCACAGCUGUGAAGAUCUUGGCCAGCUCUCCAGUUGAGAUCGCAGCAGCUUCAGUUGGUGAGACGAGUCUGGUGACAGCUGUCCGACAAAUUGAAAGUGAAGAAAAAGUAGUGGAGUCCACACAGGAGGUGUUGGAACCAGAAGCUCUGGAGGCAACUCCAGAGGUGGCAGCUCAAGAGGCAUCGGAGGAGGCAGCUGCUGUAGAGAGCGAAGAGGAGAUGAAGUCUGUGGAGCCUGAGGAUGAAGCAUUGGCUCCAGCUGCAGGAGAAGAGAUAACAGAGGAGACACCUGCUCCUGCUGUUACAGAAGAGGAGGAAGCUGCUGGUGCUUCUGAGGAAACUGCUGCAGGCCCCACAGUGGAGGAGGCUGAUGCUGAAGGUCAGGAACUGCAGACGGACACUGCUCCUGAAGAUGCUGCUCCCACUGAGGAAGCUCCUUCUGUUGCGGAGGUCACCAUUACUGCUGAAGCUGCUCCAGUGGAUGAAACAUCAGCAGAGGAGGUAGCAGUUGGUGGAACAUCAGCAGCGGAGGCAGGAGCUGAUGAAACAUCAGCACAGGAGGCAGGAGCUGGUGAAACAUCAGCAGAGGAGGCAGGAGCUGGUGGAACAUCAGCAGAGGAGGCAGGAGCUGGUGGAACAUCAGCAGAGGAGGCAGGAGCUGGUGGAACAUCAGCAGUGGAGGCAGGAGCUGGUGGAACAUCAGUAGCAGCUGGUGGAACAUCAGCAGAAGAGGGAGCAGCUGAAGCUCCAGCAGAGGAAGCAGUCAUUGGCGUGUCUCAGCUGGCAGCGGCCUCCACUGGCCCGGACCUGGAGGUUCUUUCAGCUGCAGGACCAGAAUCUCCAGUGCAUGAAGAGGAACACUGCCACUCCUGCCACUCUGCUUCAGCAGCAGCAGCAGAGGAGGUGGCGCCAUCUGCUGCUUUGGGAGAGAAGCCGGUCACCAAAGGAGCUCUGGAUAUUACACUUGAAGUCAAUGAGGCCACAUCACUGGUGGAGGGACAAGGGACGAUGGCGGUGGUGACGGCCCAGUCGUGACAGCGUGCCUUCCAUAACACUCCUAUCUGUCGAUCAAACCAGGACGACUGAUGGAAAACUCAGGAAAAGAGUAGCUGCAGAUUAACUAUCUAAUGUGUCCUUUCUGAGUCAGCGUUAGCGUGUGUGAAAUGAUUCCAGUGAUCGUCCUCUAGGUGCUGCUGCUGCAAAACCUUUCGUGACCAGCUGAGGUUCUUGUAGUCUGCAGUGGAGUGGAAGUGAUUUGUUGUUGCUGUAAUUUUGUGACAGGCUGGACACAAGAGAUUCAGUGGGGCUGCACCUGCUGUCUAUGUCAUUUACCUGCUUGUGUCAGAGGAGAUUAUAACCAAGAGAUACACAUUUUGUCACUUUUCCUCUAAUACAAAUGCAGGUGCAAACAUGAAUAUCUUGAAGUACUUUGGAGCAUUACACUUUUAAAAUUUUGCUCAUUUAAAAUUGAUGCAUUUCUAGAUUUAAAAAAAAAAUCCAAAAAUCCAAAUGAAAAUGUUACACUAAGGUUUUAAAAGCUGAUAUAUCUAAUAGCAAGUUCAGAUUUGGCGCAUAUACACCCCCUGUCAAAGGUUUUAGGACACUUUCUCAUUCAAAUAAAGUAGAACCUGUCCUACAACUUUUGACAGGGGGUGUAUCUACCAAAUUUGGUACACAUAUGCAGCACAUCAGGCUGAACAAAAAAGUCAGUGACAGCCACAUUCCAAACCCAUCAGGAAGUGAGCUAUUUUGCACUGAAUGUCAGAUUUUGCCCAUUUUUCAGUUUUUUCUUAGAGCGAACUCCUCCAAGGGCGAAACUCCAAUUCACCUCAAAUUCGGUCAGUACAUA